UAGAUCUGCUGCGGCUGCUGCGUGCGCGUGUGUCUUGUGUGCUUUCUUUUCUAUUCUCACUCUCUCUCUCUCUCUCUCUAUAAAUCUCUAUCUCUCUCCUUACAAAUCACUUGAUCAUCAUCGUCAUCAUCAUUCUCUUAAUCUUGCAUGUUCGAUCUCUCAUUCUGAUUCAUCCAAUCUAGUUUCCGUUUGGAAUCACGUUUGUGUUAGAUCAGAAUCAUUGAAUCAGAAAUCAAAAUGGUGGUUGAUCAGAGUGGAAAGGGAUCAGAAGGUGAAGAUUCAAACCCUAACACCGUCGUUUCAUCCGAGAACAGUCCAAAGAAAAUCUGUGCUGAUUGCGGUACUUCCAAAACUCCUCUAUGGCGUGGUGGACCUGCAGGACCAAAGUCACUGUGUAAUGCUUGCGGGAUCAGGAGCAGGAAGAAGAAGAGAGCGAUUUUGGGAAUAAGCAAAGGAAACAACGAAGAAGGAACAAAAAAGGGGAAAAAGAGUAACAGUGGUAGUGGUGGAAGCAAAGUUGGGGAUAAUUUGAACAUGAAACAGAGAUUAUUGAAUUUAGGGAAAGAAGUGUUUAUGCACAGAUCGCAUUGGAAGAAAUUGGGAGAAGAAGAACAAGCGGCGGUGUUAUUGAUGUCUCUAUCUUAUGGAUCUGCUGUUUAUGCCUAAAUUAUUAAACCCUAAAUCCUUGCCCUAUCUUUUUUUAUUUAAUUUUAGAAUUUAGUAGAUUAUUGUUUUAGGAUCCAAUCCAAAUCAAAUCCACCAGUAUGAAUGAGCCUAACCUUUUCAUAAGUGUAUAUCUUUAUUUUCUGCUACUGAUUAUUGUUGAGAGAAUUAUGAGUGUAGUGUGUUGUUAUCAACAGUUGUAAGAAAUGAAUGAAUUUAAGUUCAAUUUUGGUUCUAUCAAA